AUGGCUGCCCGGCAUGGCAAGCGGCUCUGUGACGGGCCGAAGUUGAGCGAGCACCCGCUCUUUGGGGCCCUUCGCGAGUUUGAAGCCUGUCAGAAGUUCCUGGAUGAGUUCGGGAGCAGCCCAACAUUGGCAUGUAGCCCACAGAAGCCUGUGGAUCAAGUGCUGGCGUCUGGCAUGGUCAGACUUCGGAUUCCAAAGUCUGGCAGCGAUGGCAGUCGGGAUCUGUGGAUGUGUGCAGGCUGCGGAUGGUGCGACUUCACAGCAGGAAGCGACCGCGCGCUCUUCCACAAACUGGGUGGCAUGAGCAAGGCAGCAUGGCUCCAGUCUGGCCCUGAUCGCCCGGCGCGAACGGAGGCUGACUUCACGGCUGCCGUGAAGGAGCGUCUGAAGAAAAUGAAUGGAAAGCUGCACGGCUCCAACCGCUGCACCCCGUGCACAAAGUUGUUUCCGCAGGAUCAAGUUGCAAAGCUGGCCAUGGAGGGCAUUAAGCCGGCGCAGGUCUACUGCGAGUUCCAGCAAUGGGCAGUCGCAAGGCAGGAGCUCGACAAGCCAGGCGACCUGGACUUGCAGCGCGCUCGUGAACUGCAGGUGUUGGAGAUCGUGGAGACUGCCAGUGCAUUCAGUCGCGCGCAGCAUCCCCGGACUCGACAGCUUCUUUCCUACAUCUCUGCAGGCCGGUAUCAGGGCAUCAGUCGCCCGGACUUUUGCAAGAUCUUGGCAAGCUUCUACGAGGAGUGCACCGAGAAGGGUUUGCAAUUGGCACGAGCCGGUCCUGGCACGCUGUCUUUCGAUGGUCAGUUCUCACAGGGACACUGCAUGGUGAAUCUUUGGCUCAGCAACAAUGCUGGCAGAUUGCAUCUUGGGACAGAGGACUUCAAGGACUCCAAGCAAGAUGCUCCGCGCAUGGCCAGCUUUGCUGCGGAAGCUGUCCAGAGAAUUGGCGCGGACCACGUCUCGGCCAUUGUCACGGAUGGGCCAAGUGUGAUGCGAAAGUCUCGGCGGCUUUUCAAGCAGCGUCCUGGCGCCAGGAAGACUGCGUGGGUUUUCUGCUUGGAGCACGCUGGCAAUGUCGUGGCUAAGCGAAUGCCCAAGAUAUUUCCAUGGCUUCGUUCCAGUGCGAAGGAGCUCAAGACUGCUGUCACCUUUCUGGCGCGCAAGAAGCGCCUCCGUUGCUACUUGCAAGAGAAGGUGCUGCUUUCCAACAAGAAGCGCAAGGUCUUUCCACGUCCGCCCAGAAGCACCCGUUUCUGCUCUCUGUACUCCACCGCAAUGACCUUCACCUACAAUCUGGACUUGUUUCGACUGGCUUGCUUGACUGCUGGCCAGCCGUCCUUGCAGUACAAAGACCUUGCUGCAGGCGACAAGGGCCAAGCCUUCGCCAGCCUCUUGAAUGCCAAGGGCCAGUGCAACAAGAUUGCGCGAAUGGGAGUCUUGCUCCAGCCCAUUGCGCAGUUCACUCGUAGGUCCGGCCGCGGAGUCAUGGCGGAAGCAGUGGAGAAUUGGGAGACCAUGACUCUGCAGCUGGAGUUUCUCGUUCGCAAGUAUGACUUCAAGGGUGUGAGAGAGAGCGAAGACGUCCAGACUGUGCGCCUUGACUCCUUGCGCGCGUGGAUGGAGUACUAUCGAGAUGGCGGACGAGCUCCAAAUCAUCGCAGCUGUCGCAACCAGGACCCCGGCUAUCUGCAGGAGGUUCACUAUGUGGCAUUCCUCUUGUCGCCGAGAACGCGGGUGAAAUCUUUGCAGCAUCGUCGGCGAAAUCCCCAGACAGCUGACGGCCUUCCGCUGCCGAAUGUUGCCCAGCUCUUUAACGUGCACAAACACAAAAUGUUGCCGUACAUGGACCAUUUCUACGCCGACAACCCGUAUGCCCGGUCUUGUGCUGCGCUGGAGUGGCGUGACUUCCAGACGAACACAGGCAUCUUUGCGGGCCAGCUGUUCCAGGUUGGCAAGAUGUCCAUGACGGAGUGGUGGCAGACGUGCACGAAAAGUACAUACUUGGCCGACCUAGCUACCCAUCUGGACAGCAUCGUGCCGACGAACCAGAGUGCCGAGCAUGGGUGGGCACACCUUUCCCGACAGACCACCCCGCUUCGAAACAGGCUGAGCAUGCUGUGGGGCACUGAGCUGUCUUGUGCGUUUCCGCCCCGUCGCAAAACGCACACGUGA